UGAAGGAUACAUUGACAGAGAGAGAGAGAGAGAGCUGUCUGAUUCAUUUUCAAUUCGUCCUGGCAUUGCAAGAUAAUGUCUUACACAGCAGGGUCUUAUGUGGACAAGUCCUACAUGGGCAAACCCUAUGGUGGCAGUGCCUACACCGGCUACACGGAUAAGAAGUCGGCAAAGGAGGCGUAUGACGAACAACUCAAGAUUGAGAAGAGAAAACGACGGGAAUCUAUGUACUGUGAGGUCUUGGCGCUGGUCAUCGGAUUCAUCGGACUGAUCGGUGUCGCUGCCGUCACAGGCCUCCCAAUGUGGAAGGUGACGGCCUUCAUUCAGGAGAACAUCAUUGUCAUGGAGACUCGUUGGGAGGGCUUGUGGAUGAACUGUUACCGGCAAGCCAAUAUCCGUAUGCAGUGUAAAGUGUAUGAUUCUUUGCUAUUUCUUCCGGCCGACCUCCAGGCCGCCAGGGGCCUGAUGUGUGCCUCAGUGGCGCUGACCACCUUUGCCUGCAUCGUGUCAGCCGUAGGAAUGCGCUGCACGCGACUCGUAGACUCCCGGCCCAGGACCAAACACAUCGUUUUGGUCAGCGGAGGCUGUUUGUACCUGGCCGGCUGCGUAACCACUCUCAUUCCCGUCUCUUGGACAGGUCACGUGAUCAUUCAGGACUUCUACAAUCCGUUGUUGAUUGAUGCCCAGCGCAGGGAGCUCGGAGAGGCGCUCUACAUUGGAUGGGUCACUUCGGCAGUUCUCUUCAGUGCCGGAGUUAUUCUGCUUUGUCGACACGCUCCACGGACCCAGGACAAAGAGAACAUGGCGUCAGUGCUGUAUCGGGCUGGAUCAGCCCCGUAUAACUACUCAUACAGACCCGGAUACGGAUACCAGCCCGCUUACACUUACCAGCCCGCAUACAGCUAUCAGCCAGCGUAUUCUCCAGCGCCACCUGCGGUCUAUAAUCCACCACGAUACUGAGACACACAGUGAGCGAGUGCUGUGUUUUAUCAAUAAAAAUCUCCUAAAGAGACUCCUAAAAGAGACUAAAAUGGAUUAUACACUCCAGAGGAUUAUUUGAUGUCAUAAAUUAGAAGGAAGAUGGCCAAAUGGAUCUUGUUAGUAGGGGGAAGUUCACGCAAAAAUGUAAAUUCUGUGAUUUAUUCAUCCGCAUGUUGUUACAAAAGGAACACAAAAGGAUGUCUCAGUCACCAUUCACUGUCAUUGCACAGUGUAAGUGAAUGGUGACUGAGGCUAACAUUCUGCCAGAUUUUUUUUUUUUUGGUGUAAUAUUCAUUCAGUACUGCUGAUUAUCUGUGUGACUGUGUAUAUAUGUGAAGGCUAAAUUUGAUUUUCCUGAUUAUGAACACACUUCCCUGAGAUUCAGUUUUGUCUUGUGUAAAAAACUGUUCAUAACUUAUAUUUUGCACAAAAAUAAGGGGUAUUAUCUGCUAAAGUGUUUUAAGGAUACAGCAACAUAAAAAAGUGGAAUAUUUCCACAUAGCAUUUAACUAAGAACACUGUUGGAUAUGUGACGUAAUUGUGUAUGUUUUCUUGUGUUUUUUUAAUUUUUUUAUAUUUGUCAAUUUGUAAGCACUGGUCUAACCAUAAACAUGUGAAAAAAGAUAAAAUAAACAUGUGUUAAUGUAAGAAUGG